AUGACUAUGGUGAUCAAGAAAGUGACUGAACCCAACAACAACCAAGUGACAAGCAGCGUAGAUCUAGACAAUCAUCAGAGCAGAAAGAUGGAAGAUCCUAACACAGUCUCUUCUACAUCUCACAUUGAGGGAUCCCCUCUGGCUACUGCUCCAGGUCCUGGUGGAGACCAUCGGGAUGAUGAUGGAGCCCACGGCGGAGAAGAAGACAUCCCAGUCGUCACUGAUUGUGAAUGGGAGGACUGUCACAGGAAGUUUGAUACACUAGAUCAGCUGGUUCAGCAUAUCAACAAUGAUCACAUUCACAAUGAGCGUAAGGAGUUCAUCUGUCGAUGGCGUGAUUGUAUCCGAGAAGAGAAACCUUUCAAAGCUCAGUACAUGUUAGUCGUUCAUAUGAGGAGACAUACAGGCGAGAAACCUCAUAAAUGUAGUUUUGAAGGUUGUUACAAGGCUUAUUCACGACUGGAGAAUCUGAAGACUCAUCUCAGAUCCCAUACUGGAGAGAGACCAUAUGUCUGUGAGUUUCAAGGCUGUACCAAAGCUUUCUCUAAUGCAUCAGACCGAGCCAAGCAUCAGAACAGAACUCACUCAAAUGCCAAACCCUAUGCCUGUAAGAUAGCCGGAUGUACCAAACGGUACACGGAUCCCAGCUCACUACGUAAGCAUGUGAAGACUGUGCAUGGACCAGAAGCUCAUGUGACUAAACGGCAACGAGGUGAUAAACGCGAUCCGCCUUCUGGGCCUGGGGGAGAGAAGGAAGGAAGGAGAGGAGAUGAGAUGGAUAAAAACAGCCCUAGUGAUGUAAAACCAGUCACUAAAACAAUUUCAGUAUCAUCUAACUCAACUAAUAAUAACAAGGCAAAAGAUAUACCUCAGGAAUGUCAUCCAAGCGUCCAUCUUAAUGCUCCGAUGAAUGAAUACAGCUGCUCUCCACAUAACGACAGUGGUGUAGAGAUGAAUGCUACUGGAGGCAGCAUUGGAGACCUUACAAACAUUGAUGACGAUAAACUAAUUCAAGAUGACCAGAUCAGCUCCAAUGUUGGAGAUGUAGACGGGAUUACCCACCGAGGAAGGAUGGGUCGUAGAGGAGGAGGAGGAGGAAGGGGUUGUUUGACGGUGACAACAGCUCCAACCAUUUCCGGCAGGACAACAAGCCCCUUCAUGGAGAAAUCUAUUAAGGUCAAGGCUGGACUGAGUGGCAAUCAUAAAGCUAAGAAGGGUGUAUUUAACUUGCCUCAGAUGCAUCCACAACCAAUUCCACAUCAGCAUCAGCAGCUGCCGCCUCUCAUCAACAACAAUAAUCAUGGUAUCGAUUAUAAGCCAAAGGGCCGUAUGGUUGGGAAGCUGAUCUCUGAGGAGCGUUGUGAUAGUUCACAGUCUAUGGCUGGAAGUUUGGACAACCUUGGAAACAGAAGAGGCAGUGACCAUAGCACUGUCAGUUCAUACUUCAGUGGUAGGUCAUCUGAAGCAUCCCCAUUCUACAUGGGCAGUCAGUUCUCAAGUAGGAGGUCAAGUCAGACCAGUUCAUAUAUGUCUUCUAUGUCGUCCAGAAGAACGUCGGGAGCAUCACAAUGGUCUGGUCGUAUGGGUAUGAACUCUCCCUAUGACCCUAUCUCUGUUGGGUCAUCAAGGAGAUCUAGUGAAGCGAGUAGUUUGAACGGUCCUACAGGACUCCCUGGUUUGACUCUGGCGCAGCAACGUUCCCUCCAAGCAAGAUACGAACAAACUAUCAUGCAGCAGAAUAGUGGGGACGAAAGGUUUGGAAUGAGUCCUUCACCGAUGCCUCCUCCUGGUUAUAGGAGAUUGAGUGGUGUAGCCAGUAUGCCUCCACAUCCCCCAAGGACUCCCCUUCCAAAUGAGAUUCCAGGAAAUGAAAUACGAAGAGGUAGUGAGCCCAUAAGCUCCAACCAAAUGAACAGACACUACAGCGCGUUCAAUAACAAGCAACCACUUCCGCUGCCUGAAAAUAUGAAGAGUUUCAGACCAUCGUUCCACAAUAUUCACCAUCCACCAACAAUCCACGAACAAGAUGGAGGUUCUGGAAGAGAGCUGUGGCAGAACAUUCCGCAGAACCACUAUGAGCAUGGAACUAUUCCUGAAGAGAAUAUGGAUACUGGUGGAGGACCAGAAGAGUUAAUGUAUCCUGAUGAAAUGGUUCAGUUCCUGGAUGAUCAGUGUAAGCAGGAGAUGCAAUGGAGUGGUCAGAGACAGAUUACUGCUGGAGUAAGUGGUGGUUUUAAUCAACCUCAUGAUCAUCUAGGUCAUAACCAGAUGCAAGGUAGCUACAACAUACAACCAAAUGCCCAAGUGAACAAUGGAAGUAUGCAGCUUGCAGGCAAUCAACAACAGCACCAGCACCCCCAGCAGCAACAAGCUUACAACUCACAACACCCAGGAUUUCCUCAGCCUAUGAAACAGGAGAACAGUCACAUGCGUGGCAAUCAACAACAGCAACAUGUUAAUUGCAGCAUGCAACAGCCUUCUUCUAUGGAAAUGUCUCCUGGUUGCAACCAGGUUACCAGUACAGUGGAUGCUACAAGUAUUCCUUACAACCAGCAGCAAUGUAGACCACCACCCCAGCAACAGCCCCAGCAGUUGCCACAGCCACCAAGACAGACCUCACAUGGCCCAAUCGGAGCUUUGGAUUGUGAAAAUGACCAUGUCGCCAACAUGCUAGCAGCACUCAACUCUGAUGCUUUGGAUCAUGUUCAGCAAAUAGUUCCAGAUACUGAAGACAAGGUGCCAUACAACUCACAGGGUGCCUCUGCAGGGUAUCCUCAACAGGGUAAUAUCAAUCCUAGCAUUGCAAACAUGGCUGUUACUGACAUGUCUUCCAUGCUAACAUCCCUGGCUGAAGAGAACAGAUUCCUCUCCAUCAUAUAAAUCUCAGGGUUACACUAUGUUGGCUAAAGAUAUACACACUUUCUUUCUUUCUUUUUAAGCCCAAAGAAUUUUGAAAUGCUGCUUUAAUGACUUUCUUAUUCUUGUUGAAAAUGCGUGCACAUGAGGUGACUGAUAAAACCAUAGGUUACUACGAAGUUUCUACUUCUAUGUUGCAUUGUGUUUUGGUCAAGACUGUUACAUAAAUCUUGAUUGAUCAGUUUGAAGCACAUUAUUAUAUGAUUCCUAUAGCUUCUGGUUCUGUUGUAUAUACCUUACAAGAUUGUUGCUAUGUGUGAUGCUUGUAAAAUUUGUAUUUUUGUCCAUCCAUAAAGGGUUGGUGUGUACCUUUUUUAACGCUAUUCCCAGUUUGGCCAUAAGUGUAAAACUGACAAUAUAAAACAUCUUUUAAAGUCACAAUGAAUAACAUGUUUUAUCGUUAUGGUUUACAAUUUGCCAAACCUUUGAUGGUUUUCUUGCUGAUAGUUGUGUAGAAGUCAUUUAUGUAACUUGCUUAAUAACGUCCUAAAUUUUAGUAGUGCUAUUUUCGUAAUUUAUAUUAAGUGUGCUGGCUGAAAUGAUUAAGUAGCCAUUUAGGUGUGUGAAAAGUUAUCGCAAUGGCUUUCCCAAUUCGAGAUAUUAUAUUCAUCAGUAUUCAAAGCCUUAGAACUUGUGUGCCUUUGAAUUCUACAAUGUGUGCUUCAAUUGGAUUUUUUUAUUGGAUGGAAAAGUUUUGAUAUGAUAGAGCUUAGAUUGAUAGUUUGAGUUUUAUGGCAGCAUUAUUAUGAAAUUUCUGUGCUUCAAUUUGAAGAAAAUAAAAUAAUUGAUAAAUUUUUACUUUGGCAAUAUAAUAAUUAGAAUGCAUUUCAUACCCAAAAUGAUCAUGUGGGAGACUCAUUCCCGAGAUAAAAUCAGAACAUUGAGAAGAUUAAAUUUUUAAAUUAUAUUAUACUUGGUAACUGUUUUAUUAUAUUAGAAGAA